AUGUUGCCCACCACUCUUCUCACUGCCCUCGCUGCUUCGGUCGCCUCGGUCUCGGCCUUGGGUGACUUGGCGUUCAACCUUGGUGUCAAGGACAACGCUGGCAACUGUAAGACGGUGCAAGAAUUCGAAGACGACUUCAAGAGAUUGUCGCCUUACUCCAAGAUCGUCAAGACCUACGCCGUCUCCGACUGCAACACCCUUCAGAACUUGGGCCCCGCCGCCGAGGACCUGGGCUUCCAGUUGAUGUUGGGUAUCUGGCCCAACGACGACGCCCACUUUGAGGCGGAAAAGAACGCCCUCAAGACCUACUUGCCUAAACUUUCUAAGGGCACCAUCAAGACUUUCCUCGUUGGUUCGGAAGCUCUCUACCGUAAGGACAUGGAACCCCAAGACCUUGCCAACCGUAUCUCCGAGAUCCGUGACUUGGUCAAGGACAUCAAGGACAAGAACGGCGAGCUGUACCUGGGCAUCCCCGUCGGUACCGUCGACUCGUGGAACGUGAUUGUUGACGGCUGGUCGUACCCUGCCCUUAAGGAAGCCGACGUCGUCUACGCUAACGCCUUCUCGUACUGGCAAGGUCAAACCAAGCAAAACUCGACCUACUCGUUCUUCGACGACAUCAUGCAAGCUUUGCAAACCAUCCAAAACGUCAAGGGUUCCACCGACAUCGACUUCUGGGUGGGUGAAACCGGCUGGCCCUCGGACGGUUCCAACUUUGGCGACUCGUACCCUGGUGUCGACAACGCCAAGGACUUCUGGCAACAAGGUAUCUGCGCCAUGCGUGCCUACGGUGUCAACGUCGCCGUGUUCGAAGCCCAAGAUGAAGCCUGGAAGCCCGAUGAAUCGGGCAUCAACGACGUCGAAAAGCACUGGGGUGUGUUCGACAGCAACGGCAAGUUGAAGUACGACUUGGACUGCAAAUUUUAG